UGUUGUACCUAAGUAUGUACAUGGAUUGCUAUUGUUCAACUGUAAACAGUGUACAAUCUUAGUAGUUUUCGGUCUCACAAUACUCUGUUCGAAACUUUCAAAAGAGAAUAUUAUACUUAUUAUUUAUUAUGCAAUAUUUUCCACUUCCACAGGUCUCAUAAUGUGUCGUCAUGUGUGAGAUGCGUGCCGUCGGACAAAACCGGUCGCUGACUGCUAUAUGCCUAUAUAAUAUUUACUUAUCACUUUUGGAACAGAGUAUAUUAGCACAAAACAAUAUUAGUGAUUAGUCAGUUAUUGAAGUGUAUAGGUAGUGCAGAGAUAUUGAAACAUUUUCAUUCCACGGCUUCUCCAUCUCUUCACAACAUUUUGACGGCUCUCAAAUUAUUUAACGUUGAUAUCGAUGUCACCUGCAGCUGAGGGUAAAAUGAUUUACGAAGAUUUAAAAUCAAAAUUUGAUCAAAACGGUUACGUUGUAAUAAAAAAUUUUCUGAACGAAAAUGAGACAGUGGAGCUUAAGGAUGCAGGAGAAAAACUCACCGAGAAUGUACCGGCUGGCGUUAAAACCGUGUUUGCUACCAAUCAAACGAAACAAGUGGCCGACGAUUACUUGAUAGAUAGUGCCGACAAAAUAUCAUUAUUUUACGAAAAAGCUGCGCUGGACAACGACGGACAACUGCUGGUCGACGCCUCGUUGGCGCUAAACAAAGUCGGCCAUGCCUUACACAGGUUGCACCCGACGUUCGAGGCGUGCACGUACAGCGAUAAGGUGACAAACGUCUGCCGAGCUCUGGGCCUAGUGAAGCCGGUAGUGCCGCAGAGCAUGUACAUCUACAAAAACCCCGGUGUCGGUGGCGAAGUCAUCUCGCAUCAAGACUCCACAUUCCUCUUCACGGAACCAGAUUCAUUGGUCGGAUUUUGGAUAGCCUUGGAUGAUGCCACGCUGGAGAACGGUUGUUUGUGGGUGAUACCGGGUUCGCACAAGACCGACAUACACAAACGUCUUAUUCGUAACCCAGACAAAUCUAGUGCAAUAAGUAAAACAAUUUUCCAGGGAACAUAUCCAGAAUAUGAACAGUCGUUGUACGUACCGUUAGCCGUUGAGAAAUCCAGCCUCGUUUUAAUACACGGAAAAGUGGUACACAAAAGUGAACAGAACAAGUCACAGUAUUCGCGACAUGCAUACACGUUCCAUGUAUUUGAUGAAGGAAUUAGCCAAUAUUCUGAACAGAAUUGGUUACAGUCUAAAGUUGGAUUCAAACCACUUUAUAUUGUAUAAAAAUUAUAAACAGAAGUACAUUAAUUUUACACGACAAA